AAGGAGACGUCGUAUUAUUAACAGUCAUUUCUUCAGAAAUUACAUAGAUAGGUCGAUCUGGUGUUUGAUAGUGCGUCGAUAUGACAUUUUAUUUUUGUGUGAAAUAAUUUGGAAUAUAUAUUUCAUGUAAUGGGUGUUUAGGUUUGUUUUUAAUUGCGCACGUACUUAACGUUGUUUUAUUUCUUUAGGUGCGCGUCAUGAUUCCAUCGGCGUUCUCGGUGGCGGUGGUAUUUCUUUCGUGUUUCUACAUUGUGCGAUGUAAUGUGCUAAGUCCAUGUAAUGCAGCGGUAGAGUGUGCAAAUAGUACCACCGUUUGUGAGAAUGAUUUCUGUCAUAUACAGGCCGGUCAAGUAUGCACAAUUGAAACUAUAACAACCCAAGCAUCGACAACCUCGGCACCAACAACCACUGCGGCAACAACAACUACUGCGACACCUACAACUACAACAACACUUGCUCCACCACCUAACGAAGCAAAAUUGGAAAAUCGAAGAAAACGAAGUGCAGGCCAACAGCAGUGCGUUUCAAACGCAAGUUGUGUAUCAGGCCAAAAAACCAACACAACACCGGUAUGCGCGUGUAAUUAUGGCUAUACUGAAGUUAAUGGAAGGUGCAACAAAGAUCCUGACAAUGGCGCAGGACGUUUGAGAGUGACGGAAUUUUGCACUGUAAUGGUGACGACAGUGCUGCUGUUUCUCAUCUAGAAAAUCCAUCAGUGCUGCAGUGGUCCAUUGACUUGUCGGUACAAUUGCCUGCCGUACGAAAUAACUCUAUAUCUCAUGAAACAAAUAUUUUGUAAAUACUUAAAUCUUAACCAGUCGUGUACAGUAGACCACAUUUAGUUUGUAUUUGCAUAUCACUUUGAAAGUUCAUUUAUCGAUACAGAAAAUAUCUAUUCAAACGCUUAAACAACUACAACAGAAACACAACUUUCACAAUCUUACGAUUUCACAAACAAAGAGCAGUCAUUUUGAGCGGUGUUCUUUGGGAAGCGGACAACGAAAACGAACGAGGCCAAGUAUUGUAAUGCGCAUUGGGGGGGGGGGGGGGG